GUCCAGGGCUCGGUUAACAAGGAGACAGGAUACGGGACAUAUCGGAGAUGAGAGAGACUCACCGAAAGGGGCACUUUGAGAUAUGAUGAGGUUUAUUUCUGGCCGGCAAUAGUACUAUGAUUUGGUAUGUGGCCACUUUGAUAGCAAGUGUAUUCAGCACCCGAGGAACGGCCGCUCAAGGUGCCCACGGAGUGCGAGAGGAGCCCCAGUUUGUGACGUCCCGCGCGGGAGAGAACGUCAUCCUGGGAUGCGACGUGUCCCACCCCCUGAACGGCCAGCCCUACGUGGUGGAGUGGUUCAAGUAUGGAAUGCCCAUCCCCUUCUUCAUCAACUUUCGCUUCUACCCUCCUCACGUGGACCCGGAGUACGCCGGCCGGGCCAGUCUGCACGGCAAGUCCUCCCUGCGGAUAGAGAACGUGCGCUCAGACGACCAGGGCUGGUAUGAGUGUAAGGUGCUGAUGCUGGAGCAGCAGUAUGACACCUUCCACAAUGGCAGCUGGGUGCAUCUGACCGUCAACGCUCCCCCCACAUUCACGGAUACACCACCUCAGUAUGUGGAGGCCAAGGAGAGGGGCAGCAUCACUUUGACCUGCACGGCCUUCGGAAACCCCAAGCCCUCUGUCAGCUGGCUGCGGGAAGGCAGCCUCAUGGUCAGCAGUGCCAAGUAUAAGGUGUCUGAUGGGAGUUUGACGGUGCUCUCCAUCACCAGGGAGGACCGUGGGGCCUACACAUGUCGAGCCUUCAGCCCCCAGGGAGAGGUCAUUCACACCACACGGCUGCUAGUACAAGGCCCUCCGUUCAUUGUAUCGCCACCAGAGAACAUCACAGUGAACAUCUCGCAGGACGCCUUCUUCACCUGCCAGGCGGAGGCCUACCCUCGCAACCUGACCUACACCUGGUUCUGGGAGGAGGACAACGUCUUCUUCAAGAAUGACUUAAAGCGCAGAGUCAGUAUUCUCAUUGACGGUUCCCUCAUCAUUGCCCAAGUCAAGCCGGAGGACGAUGGGAAAUACACCUGUGCUCCCAGCAACAGCCUGGGCACACCACCGACCGCCUCUGCCCACCUAACAGUACAAUAUCCUGCCCGUGUGGUAAACAUGCCAUCCGUCAUCUACGUGGCCAUCGGUCUACCCGGCUUCAUCCGCUGUCCCGUAGAUGCCACCCCCCCCGUAACUCUGGUUAAGUGGAAGAAAGACAGCCUCCCUCUCCGGAUCGAUAAGUACCCUGGUUGGAGCCAAAUGGACGAUGGGAGCAUCCGUGUGGCAGAGGUGACGGAGGACUCUCUCGGCACCUACACCUGCAUGCCUUACAACGCCCUGGGUUCCAUGGGAUGGUCCACUCCCGCUCCCCUGGUGCUAAAGGACCCUCCCAAAUUCUCAGUGGUUCCUGGAGGGGAGUACAGGCAGGAGGCUGGGAGAGAACUGGUCAUCCCCUGUGAGGCGGAGGGAGACCCCUUUCCCAACAUCACAUGGAGGAAGGUAGGGAAGCCCAGCAAAAGCAAGCACAAUGUUCUGCCCCGAGGCAGCUUACAGUUCAAGUCACUCACAAAGGAGGACCACGGGGAGUGGGAGUGUGUCGCCACCAACGUUGCCACGAGCAUCACUGCCAGCACGCACGUCCAAGUCAUAGGCACAAGCCCCCACGCCCCAACCGGCAUCCACGUGGCGGCGUCCUCCACCUUGGCCAACGUGUCCUGGGAGGUGGGCUACGACGGAGGCUUCCAGCAGACAUUCUCAGUCUGGCUGAAGAGGGAGCGUUUAGGUCCACACGACUGGCUUUCCAUACCCGUGCCUGGAGGCCACGACUGGAUGGUGGUGCCCGGCUUGGAGCCAGAGACAACAUACCAGUUCAGCAUCCUGGCCCAAAACAAGCUCGGCACAGGCCCUUUCAGCGAGGUUGUCACUGUGAACACACUAGUAUUUCCUAUAAGUACCCCUGAACCAUUGGUGCUGCUUACCCCACCACGGUGCCUCACAGCCAAUCGCACGCAACAGGGAGUCCUGCUCACCUGGAUCCCGCCUGCCAAUCAUACAGCACCAAUCCAGCAUUACGUCAUGGAGUUCCGCCUCGGGGAGCGGUGGGAGGUCUUGGACGACGGCGUUCCUGCAGGGGAGACAGACUUGCUCGCCCGAGACCUGAUCCAGGAGGCGUGGUACGAGUUCAGAGUCAUGGCCGUCAUGGACGACACCAUCAGUGAGCCCAGUAACAUAGUGGGAGUGUCCAGCACAGACUUCUUCCCUCCUCCAGAGAUGGUGGAGGAGCGUGGACUGGCGCGGCCUGUGGUGGCUGGCAUCGUGGCCACCAUCUGUUUCCUGGCAGCAGCCGUCCUGUUCAGCACCAUGGCCGCCUGCUUUGUCAACAAGCAGCGCAGGCGGAAGCUUAAGAGGAAACGAGACCCCCCUCUCUCCAUAACCCACUUCAGAAAAAGCAUGGAAACACCGUCGUCGUCAGGAAAGGUGAGCCCAGAGAGCAUUCGAUCGAAGGCGUCCCUGUCAGAAACAUCUGAAGAUAGUCAUGACCAGCGUGGGACGAAACCACCCCAGAGUCCGGGAAAGAGGGAGGAGAUGUCUUUAUACAAGAAGACUAAAAGAGCAAUAACAAGCAAGUACGGCAUGUCCAAGCAUGAAGCUGAAGCAACGACACCAAUUGAACUUAUCUGCCGAGGCCCAGAUGGGCGCUUUGUCAUAGAUCCCUCUGACCCAGAAAUGUCUGUUAAGCCUCGGCGAAUUGAGGGCUUCCCUUUUGUGGAAGAAUCCGACCUCUAUCCUGAAUUCCGGCAGUCGGACGAGGAGAAUGACGAUCCCAGGCCUCUGCCCCCAGUUAUGGCACCACUUCGGCCUCACCAGAUUUCUCCGAUCUCCAGUCAGGAAUCCUACCUGCAACCUCCAGCCUACAGCCCUCGUUUCCACAGGCCCUUCGAAGGUAUGACCAUCAUGGAGAGCAGUCGGCUCCAGGCCACUGGGCAGAUCCGAGGUUCUCUCCACCACAGAGCUUUCUAUGGCUACCUAGGCCCCCCUGGGGAUCAUGAUCCCCCACCUCCUUUUUACAUGCCUGAUACUAGCCCUCUCAGCUCCGUCAUGUCCUCCCCUCCAUACCUUGCUGAAGGUCCUUUUGGUCACCCCAUGAUUCCUGAAGAAAUGGGGGACGGUGAUUUCCCACAAUAUGCUGUACCUGGUUUCCCACUUCCUCUGACACUCACCUCUUCCUCUCGUUCCCCGGAGAUUUGGCAGGGACUGGAUUUUACCUUUGCAAGUCUGGAGGGGCCCCAAUUCAUUUUUCCGCCCCAUCACCCUUUGCAUCUCCGCCACGACUCACCCUAUCCUCCUCCACCUCAUGUUCUUCCCCUGAGUGCUUUCCAGCCCUCCUCCCUUCCAAUGCCUACUUACCCAGCUGUCCUGCCACUGGAGGCCCCAAAGAUCCGUUCAAGCAAGUCUCCCAGCAAGACCAGGCCUCGUGGCUCCCCAGCCAAGCAUUUAGCUAUGCAAGAGGCACAUUUAGGGCAGCUAAGACACACAAGCCACGGUAUGGGUAUGCCGGUUUUGCCUUACCCUGAUCCAAUGGCCCAUAUUGUCCCUAGCACAUUCAGUAGCUUGGACACACGAUGGUUUGAAUCCACCCCUCGUUUCAGUCCCAGACAGGCUCGUAGGAUGGAUUCUGGCAUGCAUCAGGUGGUUCUCCAGCCCUCCCGACUCUCACCCCUCACCCAAAGCCCCCUUAGUUCUCACGAGGGCUCUCCGGAGAUUGUAGUACGUCCCCGGCCACGUGCCAGCAUUGUCCAACCUCACAUACCCCCAGAGAUGUCUGAGAUUACCCUCCUCCCUCCUUCCACAGCCAGCUUCUCAAGGAGAUCUACCCCUUCCUCCUCACCUGCCCAAGGCCAGGGUAGCAGGAGAGCAAGUCCCAGCUACCGUUCCCACAUGGCCUUUGCCACCUCUGCAACCAGCUACCCAGCUUCCCAGUCCCCGUCACCCCCCAUGGAAAGCAGCAACCUUUUUGGGCAGAUGCCAUCUCAGAGGAGGACUGAGGAGGGGAUCCUUCCAUCUGAGCCCUCUCCACCCCAGUUGUCAGCUUCAGGAAAACGUCGAGGUGCGCCGAGUGCCCUUUCGGGGUCUGAGAGGAUUGAUGCACUGAGAUACCAACGUAUUAAAAAGGCCAAGAAGAUGAUGAUGAACAACAAUAACUCCAAGUCCAGAAAGAAAGCAGGUGCCACCACCUCUCAGACCCAGCAGGCCUACACCUCUCAGGUACUCCAGCCCGAAGAAGCUCUCUACCUCCGCAAGAAGAAGAAGCGGCCCAUCCUCCAUGACCCAUACACUCGCUUUUCCGCCCUGCUGUACCGCCGCCCACCACGGGAGGACCAGAAGGCUAUUCUGGCCAGCAUGGACAACAUAGACCUGGACCACGCAACGCUCCUCUGAAAGCCCUCGAGGACAAGGUCACGAUCAUGCAAUAUACCCUCAUUCCAAAAGUAACACAAGCUUCAUACCAGAUGAUAAAA